AUAACUGCUACAGCGUCCUCUGCAUGCAUAACUGGGGAUUGGUUUGGGAACACAUCCGGGAUACUCUAGGAAGUGUAUCACACGCGUCGCUUGGCAUUCGUCGACUCCAACAAUCGCCUUCGAGCUUCCGCAUAGCAGACAUAUCAGCAGUCCAUUGAUCACUGUACCCAGGGCGCGCGCUUAAUUAGCUGUGCUUAGCCGUUGGCCGGUCGAUCGUUCGGUUGGCCGGCCGAUCGAAGGUAGACGACGCUGACGCGACGUCGUACGCCGCUAUUAUGCACCGUUGAUGAAAAAGCUGAAGAAAAAGUCGGACAGCGGCACAGCCACGUCUUCAGGAUCACCGUCGCAGCAGCAGCAGCAGCAGCAAGUGGUUGUCGGGAUGGCGGGCGGAUUGAACGCGAACACGACGGACACCUCCGAGUCGGCGAACCGGAUCUGCAGGGACUUCUUGAGGAACGUCUGCCACCGGGGCAAGCGUUGCAAGUAUCUGCACGAGCGAUCCGAGGACGACCCGGUGGAGGAGUACACUUUCUGCCACGACUUCCAGAACGGCAUGUGCAACUGGCCGGGCUGCAAGUUUCUUCAUUGCACAGAGAGCGAGGAGAAGCGCUUCCGGGCGACCGGCGAGCUGCCGCCUCACGUUCUCAAUCGCUCCAAGAACGGCAACGGCGACAAGUCGGACUAUCCGUUGUGCAAGGACUUCAUCAAGGGCAGCUGCCAGCGGGCGAACUGCAAGUUCCGGCAUUGGAAGAAGGAGGAGCCGCAGCACAACCUGAUGUCACCGUCACAUCACAACGUGUCCAGGCCACAACAUAAUUUCAACGGCACCAGCAACGGCGGCGGUGCGGGCGGUGACAGUCGCAGAUACGAGGAGGACAGAAACUACCAUUGGCAGAUGGAGGAUCAGCACAACAACUUGGUGACCAACAACGGUUACAACGCGUCGACGCAUCCGGCCGAUUACAUGGGACCGCCGGAGCCGAAGAGGCGGAUAGUAUCAGGCGAGACGGUCGUCCACUUCGAGGCGUCGCCGCUCAUGGGCCAACACGCCACCCAGCCGACAGUCACAUCGGGUUACUAUUAUCCCGUGAUAAGUAACGAAGCGCGUGCGCUCGUACUCGAAGAUGAGAACACGUUCUUGAGGAAGAAGAUAGAGGAUUUAAAGAAGCAGGUCAGCGACCUAACGGCGACGAACGAAUUCCUGUUGGAUCAAAACGCACAGCUGAGAAUGUCGGGUAAGCGGACAAACGUCACUGCGGUAACAGUACCGGCGGUGACGAUCACAAACACAGUGCCGCCGUCGCAAGCACCGACACCUCAACAAAUGGUGAACGCGGCGGUCGCAGCGGGCACCCUUCGCACGGUCGCUGCCAGCGUGGCUACAGUGCCGGUGAGCAUCGGUACCGUAGCGCCGGUCUCCAUGGCGGCGGUAUCCAUGGCACCGGUCUCGAUGCCGCCGCCCAUCGUUACUAUGGCGCAGCAGACCAUCUCGAUGAGCGGCUCCGGGCCUCAAGCGACUAAUCAGCAACCGCCUAACACGCAGCAGCCCGCCAGCUUACCUCUGUCGAUAUCCGCCGCAACAGCGCCUCUUGUCUCGUAUCCCAUUAUGUCCCAAGAGCUCAGGCCUGUGCUGCAAUAGGUCACCACCGUGAGACUAGAAAAGAUACUUGUGUCGGGCUAGGACACAACACAUUACCCAGAAUAUGGAAAUAGUUUGUGUAUUUCUUGAUUGAUUCUUAACGUUUGAAGACUAUCCAGUCUAAGUAAUCUAUCUUGCUUAGACAAGCUAUCUAUCCAGUCUAGGCAUUAAAAGUCUAUGCAGGCAAACUUGUAUAUAAUUACAUAAUAUAUAUAAAUAAUGCAUGUACACCAGGAAAUCAAUCAAUCAUAAUCAUAAAAUAAAAAUUAUGUAGAGAAAGGAUGUCUUUUAUAUUGCACACAGGAUUGGUCGAUUUCUUCGUGCACGUACAUUAUGCAGGUUUGUUUGGAUAGGUUUUAACAGUCAGCGUUACAUGAAAACCGAUAGAACGUUUUGCGAAAAAGACAAAGAUGCCAGUUGUUUGGUUCAAAGAUUCGAUUCUUUUAACUGAGACAUCAAUUACAGUUUUGUUCGUCGACAAUCGCAAUUGAGUCCGCACGUAGACGACGUUUUUACGCGCGAUAUAUUUUUCUUGCUCGAAAAGAGACAUUUUUUUUCUUCUAUGAACAAUGUCUUGGAGGCAUAAAGAUCAAUAAUAAACAUCCGUCAGCAACGUGUACCGUCGGCGGUUAUGUAUGUCCAAAGUGUAUAGUUGUAGAAUAAUAGGUAUGACAAUCUGUAAUCAUGCGACAGCUCUGUCAUGACAUUAAGUCUUUCCUCAUUCUUUUAUUUCCCUUUUUCUUUUUCUUACUUAGUGUCGCGCGUGGUCAUCAUUUUAAUCUUACUUCUAUGUAAUGCUUAAUAAAACUUACACGUUUAUUCAAAUAAAGGGAGAGGACCGUCGUACAUUUGUAAAAUAAAAAGAAACAUGUAAUUAAAACCCGUCUAGAUUAAUGCAUUAACGUAUAAGUAUAGAGCAGAAUAAAAUAUAUAAAUAUAGCAUAUUAAGAAAAGUGAAAGAGGGGGGAAGGUAUGUAGACGAUAAAGGAGGUUCGGCAUUGUUUUAAAUUCGAUCUAAUAAAACGUCGCUGCACCGUCCUAUA